AUGGACGCAUUUCGCCGUCUUUGCUUCGUCGAUGUCUCUGACUGGACUCCAAGCUCUCCGGAAUGGCAACGGCUGAUGCUACAGCUCCCGGCAACGGAACAGAAGCAAGUGAAGCGAUUCGUGUUUGCAAAGGACCAGAACUUGGCACUUGCUAGCCGUUUGCUCCAGCGACAUCUCAUCCAUCACCUCUUCCACGUAAACUACGACACCAUCGAGAUUAAACGCACUCCAGAGGGGAAACCGUACUGGAGACGACCAAGCGGACAUCUCUCUCCUCCAGCAUGGAACUACAAUGUCUCGCACCAUGGAACCAUCGUGGCAAUUGCAAGUGACGCUCAUGCAUUAGUUGGCGUGGAUGUCGUCAGAUGUACGGAUCGACCACACCGCAAGACGUCAAGUGAAGAGUUUUUCCGAGCUUUUGCAGACCACUUUAAUCCAAGGGAGUGGGAGUUCAUUCACGGUGUGGCAGACGAAGAUGUUCAAUACAAUCGGUUCUACCGCCUUUGGUCGCUCAAGGAGGCGUACAUAAAGGCAGUAGGCGUUGGCUUGGGUUUCUCCUUGUUUCGAGCGGAGGUUUUCCAAGAGACCCCGACCCAAUGGGGGCUACUGUUGGAUGGUCAGCGUGCUAUCGAUUGGCAGUUUAUGUGCACGCAAGUUGACUCGAGUCACCUCGUGAGUGUUGCAUACGGACCAGUUUCAGCAAUGUGGAAGCCCGAGACCAGCUCUCUGUUCCCGAGUGCUGCUUCAUUUGCCAACGCUGUGUCUGCUGUGAGCCUCGGAGAAUCCAAAGGAAGGGCAGCGUGGCAGCAGUGGAGUCUACAAGAUCUGUUGCGCUCACCAUGA